UCCGGGCUCGAGAGUUUCUCUUUGUAAGAGAUAUUGAUCAUUAAAAUGUUUUGGAAGUUUCCUAACCCUUCGAUAGAUGGCGUUACUCUAAAAACUACGGUCGCACGAAGUUCAUAUCCAGAACCAUUUGAUCGUACAUUUUUCCUCGUUUUCAACCCCAUUUCUCGGAGAUUCCGUCAGUAAGAAAACCAAUUGGUUUUAUAUAAAUAGCUCUAAGAAGCUAUUUAUUACUACAUCUUUGAAUACAAAUCGAAUAGAAAUACCUCCAUGUAAACGACUAGACAAUCUAAAAUACCAUUUUGUCGGGUGUUAACUAGCAAUAGUUAACAAUCAGAACUACUAAUGCUAAGAUUUAUAGUCGUAUGGUAUCGCUAAGAGUACAAAUACUCUAUUUCAAUUAUUAAACGAUACAGCUUCCCAGUAGAUUGACCUUUUCACUUCUACGGAAUCCCUUAGAAAUAUAGAAAUUUCGUUUAUCGUUAUCGUCCAAGGGGCGUAACUGAAAGAAUUCCAUUUUCUAACAUCGACGUCCACCUUUGACUGGAGUAUAAAUUAUAUGUAUACGUGUAUGAAUUUAAACGCAUUGUAAUGCAUACAAUGUUGCAUUCGAGUUAGCCUGGAAUAUCAUAUGAUACAUAUUCCAAAUUAUCUUUCGUCGGUACGGGAAUCGAUCAACUAUUCAACCCGUGACAUCGUGUGGACGAUUGCGAAGAUGAGUCGUUCGUUUACAUGGGAUUCCACGAUGUCGAGUUCAACGAAACACUUGAGGGUGAACUGUCAGUGUAUCAAGGACCAGCACCUGGGACUAGGAUGAAGGAAAAGUGGAAAAUGGUGUGUAGAAACGUGCGAGGACCGGACGUGCCACGGAACUCGUUGGAAAGGAUCGACGAUCAACAAGUACCACAGUCGACUGGAUCGAGUGAUACGAUAUCGAAAUUUUACUAAAGGGAACCGAACAUUUAUGAAUUAUGUUACGUAGCUUGGAAAGAACUGUUUAUCAGCAGAACAUAAUUUGAUCGAGGUGAUUCCGAAAAGUGGAGGGCUCAACAGGCGAUUAUGAAGAAAUAUUAAAAUGUCCGGAACGGAGGCGCAUGGCGGCGAUACGAGUCCUACGCGUCAGCCGAGACAGAGCAGAAUUCACAGCGUCGGGUUACCGGUCCGAACAUCCCUACUUCCGGAACCACCGCCUACCGGAAGCGAGACUCCACCACCGAUACCGCGGCGCCAUUCCGCUGCACCCGCUGUAGCACCUCCACCGAUACCCCUGCGGCCGCCAGCGAUCCCGAAGCGAAGGAAAAACGAGAAACCGAUACCCGUACCGAUAUCGACGAGACAGGAGAAUCAACCGAAUCGACGAAAGGCCAGCGACCCGACGCCACCAUCCUCGACGAUACUCACCGCCUCCUGGAGCCUCGACAACGAGAAGCUGAUCGAUCUGGGCCCCUUCCGGGCUCAAGAUCAGCGAACCGCUCAUGAGUAUUCGUUGAGCUUCCCGGGCAAGGAGGAAACGAGCGAGGAGGGUGAUUUCGUGGCGGACUUCGACAGGGCGAACUUUGAGGAAGACUGCAAGCUCAGCCAGAAGUCGAGCUUCGAGGAGCUGCAGAAGGCUUCCCGCGAUCUCGAGAAGAGGCUGCACGAGAGGAUCGUGAAGAGCGCCGAGUCGAAGUUCAAAGAUCACCAGGCUGGAAGGGACGGACGUCAGAGGCAGGGGGGAACAAGCAGGCUUCAGUCGUCGAAGUUGGGGAAAGAGAGCGAGCUGGGGAGCUACGAGCAGGCCGCCGACGGAAAGACUCAAGAAAAAUUAGCUCCGUCUCGACGGGAGCCACUCCAGGAGGACGAUACGAAGUUCGCGGCGCUGUUGAGAUCGCGUCGCGAGGCAGCCAAGAGAUGCAAGUUCGAAGAGCUUCAGGCGGCCUCGAUGAAGCUCGAGAGACGUCUGCGCGAGGAGGACGACAAUCUCCGCACGAUUAAAGAGAGGCCAGCCACCAGGUACGAAGAGUUGCAAAGAGCCUCGCAGGAUCUCGAGAGACGCCUGCAUGCCGAUGAAAGAUCCUCGGAACCUAGUCUUCGCGGGAAAUACGAGGCAGAGAUGGACAAGGCCAGGUGUAUUCUGCAGCAAAAUCUGAAAAAGGAGAGAUGCUGCGGCGAGAAAUUGGAGAAACUGCCGAAGGCUACGCAGACGAAUCUUCCGCCGCCUCUGUGCGCCAUUUCUCAGAGCCCAGUACCGAAGCCCAUCAGCGUCAGACAGGACAGUAACGUCUCUUCGGACAGUUUUAGUCAGACGAGCUCACCUAGCUACACCAGCAAGACAAUGGAAGCUCCCCUUCUGCCUCAUAAACACGGCAAGGUUCCAGACAGGGCACUGGUGUCCGAGCCCGACAGCUCGUCGGGUAGGACCAUUACUAAGUCGACCAGCACCCCAGCCAGUCUACAGACCAUCGUCAGGGUUCAUGGUGGAAACAACGGUUCUUUACAUCAUAAGAUCAUCGGAGACAUGACCAGCAGCCACUACGUGACCACCGGAAGGCUACGCUUCAGAUUCGUGCAGGUGUUCUUCAACGCUGUCGCGCUCCUUAUCAUCGCAGGCGGUUUGGCCGUGUACUUCAAAUCCUAUCCCGAGACUGUCAUACGCUUGGAGAAUAAGACGAUCUACACUAACGUACUCCCGUUGACGGAACAGGCAGUAGCAAUGAUCGAAGAGAAGAAUCCAGCACCGGGAGUAUGUCUACCCAUAAUAGUAACUUUCUGCCAAAACCACAAGAUUCCGUAUAAUUUCACCGUCUUCCCGAAUUACAUGGGCAAUUUCGGGCAGCGCGAUGCCCAGCACGAGCUCGAGCUUUACGACUCCGUGAUCGAUGUCAGAUGCUAUGAAUUAGCCGCCCUCUUCCUGUGCAGCGUUUUUGUGCCGAAAUGUGGAUCUCGGGGUCACCUGGUGCGACCCUGUCGCAGUCUCUGCUUUCAGACUAAGAGACGUUGCGGGUUCUUCUUGGACGUGUUUGGUCUGACACUGCCAGACUACCUGGAGUGCGAGCUGUUCCCGGAGAAUUCUAAUCCGGACGAGUGCGUGGGACACCAGGAAGUGUUGGAGGCAGGUCGGAGAGCGGAGAAACCCGUAUGCACCAGCGGCUUUCAAUGCGACGGCACCAGAUGCAUUCCGGUCGACUGGCGAUGCGACGGUCACUUGGACUGUGCCGAUCACACCGACGAGAUUGAGUGCGGUGAAUGCAGUUCCUCUUCCUCGCCCACCGCGUCCGUUUUCAACACGAAGAUCGUGAAGAAGCCCAUUCUAGCGAAGACCACCGUCUCGAAAUCCCCCUUGCACUGCGGCGAGAGGAGGUGCAUGUCCGCCACUCACAUCUGCGACGGUGUCAUGGACUGUCCUUGGGGCCAGGACGAACGUUACUGCUUGAAGCUGAGCCAAAGAAACGGGGACGUUGGCGAGGGAAGAUUGGAGGUUUACCACGCCGAAAUGGGCAAGUUUAUGCCAGCCUGCAUCUCUCAUUGGGAACCGAACUCUGCUAACACGAUUUGCUCUAUGCUUGGAUACACAGUGGCGGUUUCGUCGAGGUUGCUGGCCCAGGAUAUGAACAUCACCCAGAGGAAUUUCAGUAGCCCUAAGACGAACCAUCUGAAGGAAUUUCAGGAAUGCAUCACGGAUCAGGAGAUCUAUCCAAAGGUGGAGCUCACGUGUACGGAAUACGCUUGCGGACGAAGAAAGACGGUGUAUGGGAACGCAAAGGUGAAGACUAGAAUUGUGGGUGGCGUGGAAUCGGCACCGGGUGAUUGGCCAUUCUUGGCAGCUCUUCUUGGGGGACCUGAACAGAUUUUUUAUUGUGCUGGAGUUCUGAUAGCCGAUCAGUGGGUUCUGACAGCGUCUCAUUGCGUAGGAAAUUACUCCGACGUAACUGGAUGGGCGAUUCAGCUAGGUAUUACCAGACGACACUCUCACACGUAUCUUGGACAGAAACUGAAAGUGAAGAGAGUAGUGCCUCAUCCGAUGUACAAUCUGGGUAUCGCUCACGACAACGACGUCGCCCUAUUUCAGUUGGAAAGACGAGUUCAAUUCCACGAACAUGUGAGACCAGUCUGCUUGCCCAAGGCUGACACUCAUCUCAUCCCCGGAACUCUAUGCACCGUCAUCGGUUGGGGCAAGAAAAAUGACUCCGAUUCAUCCGAGUACGAACCAGCCGUGAACGAAGUGCAGGUUCCAGUUCUGAACAGGGAGAUUUGCAAUUUGUGGCUCGCGUACAAAGAAUUGAACGUCACCGAUGGGAUGAUCUGUGCCGGUUAUCCAGAUGGGGGGAAGGACGCGUGUCAGGGGGACUCCGGGGGUCCUUUGUUGUGUCAGGACGAACACGUUAAAGAGAAGUGGUUUGUCGGCGGUAUCGUUAGUUGGGGAAUAAAGUGUGCUCACCCGAAAUUACCUGGUGUUUACGCCUACGUGCCAAAAUACGUUCCGUGGAUUCGUAAUGAAAUGGCCAAGUACUCCGACGUAGGUAUGGGUUAA